AUGCUCCUGCGCCGUUUUGCGACAGCUUCAACGUCGUUGCCCCCAACGAUCCGACAGCUGUUGUCUUCCUUGCCACCGACUGGCCAGGCGAUUGAAGUACAACUGAGUGGUUGGAUCAAAUCUGUACGGAGGCAGAAAAAUGUCACUUUCGCGGUGAUUAAUGAUGGAAGUUGUGCUUCCGGCCUGCAAGCAGUCUUGAAGCCAGAUGCUACCCCACACAACUUAACCAAUGGCGCCAGUGUCCGCAUUUGUGGCAAUCUGGUCCAAAGUACGGGCCGUGGACAAUCAUAUGAACUGCAAGUUGAGGCGGUUGAUAUCUUGGGCGAAUGUAACCCAGAGGCCUACCCUAUCCAGAAGCAAGCCUUACCCGUGGAGUUUCUGAGGGACAAUGCUCAUCUGAGGGCCCGAACAGAUAUCAAUGCUGCUAUGCUCCGUCUACGUGACUCUGUCCUCCGGAUGCUACAUAGUUAUUAUGAGGCCCAAGACUUCCAUUACGUGCACACGCCCAUUCUGACUUCAAACGAUUGCGAGGGCGGUGGUGAAACGUUUCGUGUCUCACCCGCUUCUUCCGCCCCUCCUUCAAGGCAAUCGCCCGAUUCGAGCGCACAAGCCGAGUUCUUUUCCCAGCCUGCAUAUCUUACUGUAUCUUCGCAACUUCAUCUGGAGGCCCUUGCUGCUUCCCUGUCUCGGGUUUACACGCUCUCUCCUUGCUUCCGGGCAGAACGUUCCCAAACAAAUAGGCACCUCGCCGAAUUCUGGAUGCUCGAAGCUGAAUGGGCAUUUAUUAACCACGUCGGGGACAUAUGUGAUGUGGUCGAGGAGUCUCUCAAAAAUGUCCUUCAGUGUCGAUCAGAACACGCCCUCCUUUGGAAAGAUGGCGACGAAGCAAAACUAAAAUCUCUGGAAGAUGCAUCGCGCCCAGGAAUCCCCUGGACACGCAUAUCAUAUACUGAUGCUGUAAAUGAGCUGCAGAAAUACCAUGCUUCUUCUCGAGUUGGAUUCGAAUUCGAGCCUGCGUGGGGGAGAGCAUUGCAAAGCGAGCACGAGCGCUGGGUUUCGGAACGACUUGUUGGCGGUCCUGUGUUUGUCACAGACUACCCAACUUCCCUGAAGCCAUUCUAUAUGCGAGCUAAUGAUGACGGGCAGACUGUAGCGUGCUUUGAUCUUCUAGUUCCUUCCAUCGGUGAGCUCGUGGGUGGGUCGCUCAGAGAAGAGAGGUCCUCUCAUUUGGUCGAGGCUAUACGGAGGCAUGGGCUCAAGGAGGAAGAAUACGGAUGGUACGUGGAUUUAAGGAAGUAUGGAAGCGCGCCUCAUGGGGGUUAUGGGCUGGGGUUCGAACGUCUGAUUAGCUGGAUGAGCGGAAUUGAAAAUGUGCGGGAGUGCAUCGCGAUGCCGAGGUGGGCAAAACGGAUGUUGUUGUAA